UCAUUGAUGACGCCAUUCACACGAGACGGCCAUCGAGAUCCAAACAAACAUCUUUAGCUGAAUGUGGCUAGCCAAAUGUUACCAUGAGCAGCUUUGAGGAAUAGCUUAGUAGUAUUUGGAGGUGACAAUGAUUUCGGUCAGCUAUAUUCUGAUGUGCGGACAGUUCCUGCUGCUAUUAACGGCCAUAUUGUUACAAUGUUUGGAAGGAAUCCACUCGCAAAAUUCGACGACAACGGAGACUCCUGCUUCUUCUCCCGGUCCGGUUUCUACUUUGCUCCCCUCCAGCGAACCGCCCGACAGUGCAAACUAUACGGAUCUCGAGUACAAACCUCCGUCACCUGUUGUCCUCUGCAGUUAUCUACCGGAGGAAUUCAUCUACUGUCAAGACCCUGUGGAUCACGCGGGCAACUACACUGCCUAUCAGGAGAUGGAACAUGUUGGUUGCAUCGGGUGGGGUGGCCAGACCCAAAAAGAGGUGAACCACACACGGGUUUUCUGCACUGCACUCGAUGAUAUAGAAUGUGCCGGACCCAGAGAGUUCCUCAGAGAGAAUGUACCCUGCAUCAAAUACACUGGACACUACUUCAUCACCACACUGCUGUAUUCCUUCUUCUUGGGCUGUUUCGGGGUUGAUCGUUUCUGCCUGGGCCACACAGGGACUGCGGUUGGGAAGCUGCUCACACUGGGAGGCCUGGGAAUCUGGUGGUUUGUGGACCUAAUUCUGCUUAUCACCGGUGGACUGAUGCCCAGCGAUUACAGUAACUGGUGCACAUACUACUGAGAGCGACAGCAAACUGCAACUAAGGACUCCGGCCACUUUGCUGUCUGAUAUUUAUCAGCCUAAUAAGGAGGACUCCCAGGACGUGGCCUCUGCCUGAGUUGGCUUACUAGACGUGGAAUUGGGGACCUCCUGAGGGCUCCUAUGGGGUUCCCAGGAGCUCCAGUGAAAAAGGAGGAAUAAUUUGCUAUCAUUAAAAUAAAUUAAGUUCUUGGAGAAUGCAUAAAACUCAAGGCUUUUACCACAGCUACAGUGAUGGUGGUUUUUCCAGUUUCCUGAUUUCUCAAAAAAGGUCACUUUCAUGCUUGUAGUUCAGUUCAUUUUGUCCGAUAUGAGUGGAACAAUAUGAUUCAUUGUUGCCGUUUAGUUCUGGUCUGCUGGAAUGGGCUUCUGUUUUUUUAUUUUAUUUUGUUGAAUGUCAUCCUGCAUCCUGAAUGUCAGUACCCACAAUGGAGAGAAAGAUGAGUAUAUUUCCAGUGUAGCUGGUUUGUUACACCCACUUUCUAAUCAAGCAUACAGAUUCACAUGGAUUAGGACACAAGCACAACAUGUUAUAUCAAAGGGUUUAGACUUGCAGCUUUCUUUAGCAUUGAUGCUCAGUAGAUAGGCUUGAUAGAAAUCAGUUUGCUUUCACAGCACAGGCUGCCACCAGAGUUCAUUUGGAAGCAAACGGCGGCCCCGUGAUCCAAAGGUUGCCUCAACACCACAUCUGUCCGGGCCUGGGUAACAGUUUCUGCUGCCCGUUUGGCUCAAAAGUGUUGUUAAAGCUGGUGCAGACUGAGAUUUCAUGAGGAAAGGACAAUUCUGGUGGAGGUGUGAAAACAAAACUACCAAAUGGAGGAUUUUAUGGGAGUUUGUGUUUUAGGCGUGUUAUACUUUCAUUUAAUGUACUCAAACAUGCUCACAGUUUUGUGGAAAUCCAGAACUUACAGCAACAGUGUGUUUGUUUUUCACGGUGCAGACAGCAUGAACUCUAAUUCUGAGGACAAUUCAGUUCGUUUUUGAUUCAUGAGUAUUUCUUUUUUGAUGUCUUUCAUUGGAUGUUUGGGCCGCUUUCCUUGUUUAUGCGGGCGUCUACAGUUUAAGUUUCUGGACUUGUUUAUGUCAUCCAGUAAAGACAAUGAACCAGGCUCCUUUCUUUGUUGCUGUCAGGAGGACAAAGUAGAACUAUCAGUUAUGGUAUUUUUGGUUCAAGCAUAGCCUGUAUAAAAAAUUGACACAGUCAAUCAUGCCACCCGUUUUGAAGCUUCGAGAUGAGGCUUUUUGGCCAUCUUCAUCUUGGUGUUUUAAAGCCGGGUGUGCGGUGUGGAUCGGACAAAUCACACACUUAUUGGCUGCCAGCUUGUUGUUAAUCAAUGAGCAUAUCUCAGAUAAUCCUGCUUUCUCAAACUUAGGACUAAAUAUGACCCAAAAUGAGUGACUGAUAACAUAAACUCAUCAGGAAAGUGUUUGACCCUCGGCCCUCACCUAGGUAUUUUUCCAUACACUGUUACAGGACCAGGAGUACAUAUGGACCCGCAGCCUUUGCCCCCUCAUGUUUGCUCAUCCAUCUUUUAUAUGGCCUACAGAUAUAAGCCUACAUCAGUCCUUCAGCAGUGUUGGGUGUAUCGUGUUGUAAAGUGCAAAGUCACAUAUUAGAGUUGGGUACUUUCAGCUGCCCCUUAUCCAUUCCCAAAGCAGUACAUUUUACACCCGAUUUAUCCGAGCUGAGGACCAGCACUAGGAGUAGCUUGUGACCCUCUGGCUGUGUUUGUAGCUCCUCUUCCAUGUAAAGUGAAGGUGUUAACCAGUACACCACAGAGCCAUUAGAGAACUACUGUUCACAUUUUGAAGAAGCACCUGCAAUAACCCGUCACCCUGAGGGAAAUGAGGUGUGUUUCUGGUUAUGUGGUCGAGCACAAGCUGCCACUAUCAGCUACAUUCAGAGUUACAGUAGAUUACACUCCUAGAUGUAUAACUAGUUUACCCAGACUAAAUUCAAAUAGAAAGGUUUAUUUUUUUGAAUGCAGAAAUAUUCUAAAGGUAAUUAGUUUUCAGUUGUUAAUGCUGUAAUUAUGCAAUAUAACAAGUUACUUUUAGAAGUAACAUUACCCAACACUGGACCUCAGACAGAGAAAGCAUAAAUCGGUCUUUACAAACAAGUUAAAGCACAUCAGCAUCGGUGACCACGUGGUGUCGAUGUGUCCUCAUAUCCUGGAAACCUUGUAUAUGCUAUAAAUGUCUCAGGAAUAGAAAAUUGAAACUUCAGUGUUGAUGUAUCCUAAAUCUGCAAGUUCUGUGGCUCGGUUCAUUUUGUUGCCUAUGUGACUUACAAACUGAACAAGAAUCUUCCAUUCCAUAAAACGCUUAGGAGGUUUCUUCUCCUGAGGGCAACAUCAUACACAAGUUAUCACUUUUUCCCUCUGUCAAAUUACUCGACAGACCAGAAUUGACCCUUCACUUGCCUCUUCCACCAGAGCUGUCUGAAUUCUGUAUUAAUAUAUUGCAGGUUUUUUUUUUUCUUUAAUAUGUUCUUUCUUUACUUGGACUGAUUAACAUCGGAGCUCCAAGCAAGCAGCACAGCAGGCAUGGACAUGCACAGCAGUCCUAUUAGUCACAUUUCAGAUCUCGAUGUAGCCGUCUUCUGAAUUAACUCAAGGUUCCUUACUUUUGGAAGGGGAAAAAAAGUGCUGUGUGGAAGCAUUUACCUCCAAAACCUCAUCUCAUCCGAAUGUCUUAAACUAAAACAAAUUUUGAUCUCCAUUGACUUUCAGGAGUGAGGCUCAGGUCUCACAUUAAAUAUUCAAAUCUUCAUCUCCCACUUUGUUAAAUUUCUAAUCUUUACCAGGACCCAGGGUUUAUGUGCUGUUCCAUAGAUAGAGCUCAUUUCAUUACCUAAGGAUAUGUGAAAACCCUCUUAGCGCUCAUCGUAAAAAGUUGAAGAAGACACCAUCGUCAAUGUGACGACUCAUCCAGCAGCAGGAGUGUGCUUUCAACAGGCAAUAUAUUUUCAGCUGGCUAAACAUCCUUUGUAGAGUGAAGCAUUAAAACACUGCUUUACAUAAUUUAAUUUUCCACUUAAUUCAUAGAGUGACGGUUUAUAUGCCACUUGAAAAAAGAUCUGCACACAGUUUUUUUCAGGUAACAAAAUCUCUCUUUUAGUGUGAUGUCCUCCUUAAAGCUCUGUACACUUGCCCUACAUUAAUAUGUUUUGAGACAUAUAUUUUCUUGAGUUUUUCAGCUUGUACAGAUAUAGAUAUUGUAUAAGAUAUGGAUCCAACUGAUGGAAGCAUCACCUGAGCUGGGUGUUAAUGUUAUUUAACUUUGAUCCACACAUUGCUAAUUUAUGUUUCAUCUGUUGAUUUAAAAAAAAAAAGAAGAUGAAUUCAUGGGAAUAUUAUUGGUAGUGUACAUUGUUGAGACCAAUGUUUACUAUAAGACGUAUUUUUCUUUUCUGUACUCUUAAGCCUUUAAACCAGGUGUGUGCAUAGGAGGUCCAAUGUUCCCUUUUCUGAUGGUGUUAAAAAAAUCCAAACUUUCUCAUGUUUUCAUUGUUCACAGUCCUUAUUACCCAAUAAAAAGUAUCUGGGACA